GUCCUCGGAGCGAAGAUGGCGGCGGGAGAGUUGAAGUCAGUGCUGUUCGUGUGCCUGGGAAACAUCCGUCGCUCUCCAAUAGCUGAAGCAGCUUUCAGAAAACUCAUAACUGAUGAGAAGCUUGAACGUAAGUGGAGGAUAGACAGUGCAGCAACAUCUGCCUAUGAAAUAGGAAGCCCUCCUGACUAUCGAGGACAGAAUUGCAUGAAGAAGCGUGACAUUACCAUGAACCAUAUUGCCAGGCAGAUUACUAAAGAGGAUUUCCAGACCUUUGAUCAUAUACUUUGUAUGGAUGAGAGCAAUCUAAGAGAUUUGAACAGGAAAAGUAACCAAGUUAAAGACUGUAAGGCCAAAAUUGAGCUACUUGGAACUUACAAUCCACAGAAACAGCUUAUUAUUGAAGAUCUAAAGGUACCUGGUUCGAUCCCGAGUUUCGACAGAGCUACAGCAGAGACUUGA